AUGGGUGUUUUCGGGAACAGCAAGGCGGCGCCUGAGUUUGUGAAUUCUAAGACUACGGUGUUGUGGGACAUGGACACCUGUCCGGUUCCGGUUGGUUAUGAUGCUCGUCGGGUCCGUCCAAGUAUAGAAUCGGCGUUGAAGAAUUUAGGGUACUUGGGUCCUGUAACCAUCUCUGCCAUGGGCAACCUAGAAAAGACCCCAGCUCACGUCCUGCAAGGCCUCUCUUCCACUGGAAUCGCUGUAACAAACUACGUUUCCGUCGCAAAUGGUCACCCCUCUACAGAAGUGCAGAGUGGCUAUGGAAAACCAUAUUGGGGGAUGGUCAACAAGAGACAAGGAGUUAUGUUCUUCGGAAGUGCAGUGAAUCCGGUGAAUCUGGUCAAUCUAUCCCGUUUUCCUGCGAAUCAUGCGACUUUACAUCCCCAAGUGCUACAAAUUUCACCUCGCAUCUCUCCAGCAAAAAACAUAAGCAAGAGGUAA